UACUCUGACCCUGGAUAUUUAAAUGAUUUUAAAAACUAUAUACGAACAAAAGCAUCUGAUGUAUAUAGUGUAGGUGUCCUAAUGUGGCAGAUAUCUAGUGGAAGAACACCAUUUCAAAAUUCUUCAUCUACUUGUUCACAACUCAUUUUUGAAAUUAUUAAAGGAGCACGAGAAGAUAUAAUCCCAGGGACACCUGAACCUUAUAUCGAACUGUAUACAGCAUGUUGGCAAGCCAAUCCUGGAAAACGUCCACAAAUGUCUCAAGUAACUGAAGCUUUAGAAAAAAUUGUCAUUGGCAAUACAAUACAAAAGGCUGCUAACAUUACUUUAUCAGAGA